UUUUGCUGAGAGCAUUUCCCUGGCAGGGGAAGGCAUGCAGCGCAGAGGAGCCUGGCAGUGCCAGUCCAGGUGCUAACGCAGCUCCCACCCAAGCCAUGCUGUUGUGAAGCCCGUUUCCUCCAGCCGCGUCUUGCUCGGCUCGGCGCACCAGGGAGGGUACGCGGGGCUGCCCAUGGCAUUGCUGCAGCCUGGGCUGCAUUAGUUCCUGGUGUGUCGUUGCUUCAGCUGUCUGAAGAAGUGAAGAAGAUUGCAGGGAAGAUGUUGGACUUGAGCUUCCUGACCGAAGAGGAGUAUGAGAAACUGAUGAAGGUUUUGCAGAGAGAUGCAGAGCUGAAGAAGAAGGACGGGGAUCGCAUCAGGCGGAUACAAGGGUCCAUCAAGGAUGAAAAGAAGAAGAAGUUUGUGACAGGUGAAUGGUUUUCAGAAGUGAAGGCAAAACGGUUCCAGGAAGACUUAGAGGGACCUGACCUGCUUCGGGCAUCGAUUAGAAGAAAAAAGGGCAAGCUAGAAAAUGAGGCCAACGAGCACAUCCGGACAGGUCUGGAAAGCAAAGCUGCCCCCUUCCCUGAGCACACUGCUGGUGCAGGAGAGGAGAGGCCCAGCACACCUGCUCUUGGUACUGCAGAUGAGCAUAAAGUCUUGCCAAAACCGAAGCCACGAUUUCCUGUCCCACUGUCUGCAUCACACAAGAGAUCCAGUAUACAUGAUGUCUCUUCCUCAGAGAGUGACACCGGAACAAGUCCAUUUGUGGCUGCAACAAACAGUUUGCAUUUGUCUAGAAAAGGUCAUGGAGUAUCUCCAUUGCCCACCAAGCUUUCAGAGGAUGCUGUGCAUCAGCUCAGCAGCAUGGCUGGAGGAGAUGCUGAUGAAGUUGAUGGGGCCACUGGCACCACAGUGUGGCCAAAAACUCCACCUGAAGAAACUUAUGCUCCCAGCAAGAUACCAGUUAAGAGGAAACCAAGCAGAACUUUCCCCAGAUCCGAGCACUUUGUGAAUAAUGUGGAGCCAACAGAGAACAGCCUCCCAAAGAGAGAGCUGCCGGCAAGCCCCAAGCGCCCGACUGCAGAGGAGGAAGGCAGCCAGGCUGUGAAGCAAGGCGUGAACUAUACAAUCUCCUCCAUGAGUAAUAAGGAGGAGGAUAUCGGCCUCGAUCGUGAGCGCUUCAAGAACUUGAAGAACUUCUGGGAGAGGGGAGCAGACUCUGUGACAGCGGGCAGCGUGCCGGCAGAGCCGCGCUGGGGGGAGGCAGACAGCCAGCAGUUCAAGCUGUGCCGCUCGCUCUCUGUGCAGGCUGGGCAAGGCCACAACAGCGAAGAAAAACCUGGUGUCUGCCCCAAACCAAGAACCCCCCACAAAAGGACAAUAACCUUGUCUUCUAGUGAGGAAGAACCAAGCUAUGUAGCCCCUGCAAGGAAGGGCUCGGUUUCCAUCGUUCCUAGAUCCACGUACGCCAAGAGCAAAGGCGGCCCGGGUACAAGAAAUAACACUCUGAGUGAAAGCAAUGGGAAGCUGCCGAUGCCAGAGGAUGAGAAGGCAGCACAGUGCUGCUCCAAGAGAUCCAGAUUGCCUGUGCGAGCGCCUUCCGUCAAAAUCGAGUCUCCUACCAAAGAAGUGUCUGGCAGCACGUUUGAGCCAGAGACGCCUACAGAGUUUAUCGUGACAGAAGAGCCCAAGUACACAGCGAAUUCACUGGCGAGCAGGGUACAAAUACUGAUCGAGCCUGCACUUACAGAUAGUGAAAACGAUGAUGAGAAAGAGGAAAGAUCUGAUUUGGGCACUCAUGGCAACAUGGAAGUGAACGGAGAGCUGCCUGAGGGAAAAACGUGUGAGUCUUCAGACAAGCCAACCCCCGGUGAACCAGCCGGAGAGAGAGAAGCCGUUCAGGGGACGGACUCGGCUGUUUACUCAGAGGACGAUGGGGAUCGUUCUCCUGCCGCUCAGGCAUUGGCUCGAGCAAACAGCAUUAACCUUGCAAAGAGCAUGGUGAACAUUUACACAACCACAGAGACCUACAAUAAACCUCAUUUGAUACCCCAUCAGUUUCUUGAACCUGAAAGAGUCAAAGAGCUGAGCAGGUCCUCUCCUCUCCUGUUGUCUGAGACGGAAUCAGACACGGCUUCGGAAAUCAGCUUCCAGUUUAACAAGCACAAAAAGACGCCGAGCGUUGGCAGCCACUCCUCCGACAUGGCAUCUGUCUCCUCGGUGAGUGGCAGCGUGCUCAGUGUCUACAGUGGUGAUUUUGGGAGCGUGGAUGCCCAAGGAACCGUGGAGUUUGCUCUGGACUAUGAUGAGAAGAACCGGGAGUUCCAAGUUCAUGUGUCCCAGUGCAAGGACUUGGCUGUCGUGGAUGAGAAGAAAGGCAGAUCUGACCCGUAUGUUAAAACUUACCUGCUCCCAGACAAAGCUAGAAUGGGUAAGAGGAAAACUUCAGUGAAGAAGAGGACUGUGAAUCCCAUUUACAACGAGGUGUUACGGUAUAAAAUAGAGAAAAUGGUAUUGCUGAUCCAAAAAUUAAACCUCUCUGUUUGGCACAAUGAUCCACUGGGACGUAACAGUUUUUUGGGAGAGAUUGAAAUAGACUUGGCCAGCUGGGACUGGAGCAACAAGAAACUCAACUGGUACCCGCUGAAGCCCCGAAGCCUUUCUGCUGUUAACGGUGUGGAUCAUCGGGGAGUGAUGAGUUUGUCUAUUAAGUAUGUCCCUCCAGGAAGCCUAGGUCCCAAGAAUCCUCCCUCUGGUGAAGUUCACAUCUGGGUCAAGGACGUCAAGGACCUGCUGCAGUUGCGUCCUUCUGGAGUUGACUCCUUUGUGAAAUGCUAUGUGCUUCCAGACACCAGUAAGAAGAGUUACCAAAAGACCCGAGUCAUAAAAAGAGACACAAACCCCGUUUUCAAUCACACUAUUGUAUAUGAUGGCUUUCAUACAGAGGAUCUGAAGGAUGCUUGUGUUGAAUUGACUGUGUGGGAUCAUGAAAAGCUUACCAACCAUUUCCUUGGAGGAAUCAGGCUGGGCCUUGGGACAGGUUUGAGCUAUGGCAUCUCUGUGGACUGGAUGGACUCCACGCAAGAGGAGGUGGCCUUUUGGCAGGAGAUGAUGUUGGCUGCCAAUGAAUGGAUCGAGGGAUUGCUGCCACUGCGCUCGCUGGCAGGGAGGAAAAAACUGAAAUAACCUGCAUUUGUGCCAUAGAAAGGCUGAAUGUGUUCAUUAGCAUUAGGAAACUUCCUGCACCGAGGUGAUGGAGACCAUCCACAGGGCUGGCAAGUGUCAGGUUAUAAGGCAAUUGAUGGACAGCACUUUGGAGAUGUUAAAUGUUAAGUACUAAUUCCCUAACAGAGGACAUGGAAGAUACCAGUCUGAUGCUAUACUUGGUUUUGAUCAAGAAGAAACUUCAUUUGCCUUUUUAUUUAAUCAUUUAUAUUCAGUGUAUUUGAAUUCCAUUAAGCUCUGGGAACAAUGGCAGAAGGAAAAGGAGAUACAGGUUUUUCUUUUUCACUGUUUCUUGUGCCAUUUUUUUUCUGUGCAGCGAUGUAGUUGUGCUAAAGCAGCAGCAUGGUAUUAUUCAUAUUCCCCUGCAAGUGGUACACUUUGUACUCGAUGUAGAAUUGCUCCAAGUCACCAGCAGCACAGUCUGAGAACAGGAGUUUUGCAUUGGUUGCAGGUGAUAACACGUCUGUAACGUGAGGAUAAAUGGAGAUCCAAGGUGAACAUAAAGAAAGAGAGGAUUAUUUGAAGCAGAAGAUGAAGCAACCUGAGGAGGAUAAUGGGGGAUUCAAUAUAUUAAUUUCUUUCUACUUUAAUAUAAUAGAGAGACAUGGUGGUCCUACAGGUAGUGGGAUUUUGCAACCAGGGGCUGUUUUCCCACAGGCUUCCUCAGUGACCUCAGACAAGUUUCUCUAUGAAAGGACAGUUUCAGUGCAAUAUAAACUAAAAUGCUUCCCCAAAUGUAAAAUAUGGUGACACUGCUAAUGGGCCUAAUCUCGCCUUUGAAAUGCCUUGUGUGCAAAACAUUUCAGUAUGAAAUCAUGUAGAAAAGAGUUUCAUGUUAACCUGGCACAAUGGGUCAGGAAAGAAAGGGCAAAACCAUACUGGAAUGUGGGAGAUGUUGGGAGCCGGUGGGAGAGGUGAGUAGGGAGUGAAUGAAUGUGAAGGGUGGCUGCAGAGCUCCAGUGGCCUGGGCUGCUCUCCUGCCCCUGCACACCCCGCUGCCCUUCCAGCCCGCCUUUCACCUGGUGCCUGUCGGCAAGUUGUCCAUGGCUGGAACUUCCUUUUCGCCAGUAGCUUGCAAGAACUUUGCAUCUGGCACAUUGACCGUGGCAGAGUGGUGUUGUGAAUGCAUAUUGAAAUGCAGCUUUGUAAUUUCUAUUUUGGAUGUACAUAUUGUGAUUAAAUAGAAUGUUUUUCUUUAGUCAUCAGCUGGUCUCCUUGUACCUAUUUUCAUCAUGGUCUGAGUAACAAAAAAGCAAGCAAAGAGAUGUUUCAUUUUUGUCAUGUCAAAAUGAACUGGUUUUGCCCAAGGGCAAGUGAAAUGUCAUGAAGAAAUAUUUUCUGUUGCUAUCCUACCCGAGGUUUUAGCUCUGUGAAUAUUCUGAUGUUCUUGUUUAAUGUAUUGAUUUUAUUUAACUCAAGUUCAGUGUAAAUUUUCAGCUUAGCAAAGAUGGUUGUAAAGAAAUGAAUGGAAAAAUGUACAUUUAAAAUAACAGACUUUUUCAUGAAGUGAAGACAUUUGGGAGAUAAUCAGCAGCUCUUCUGGAAAAAAUAAAGAAGAUGGGUUUGCAAUUGGAAAAAGGUAAUACCUGGAAGUGUGUACCAGUCAUAGUACUGAAAGCACUAAGAGAGCCUGUAGAGCAGCAGAAUGAUGGCUGUGUAAUGGAGGACCUGAUAUAUGUAGCAUGUCAGCCCAAAGAUACUUUCUUUGCAUGGGCUUCAGCCUGGCAUGUUUUGUUCACCAUGGUUUGGUCUUUUAUUACCCUUGUGGGAUAAAAUAACAAUAUUGGGCCUAGGAUGAGAGUUUUUAAAUUAUUAUUAUCACCUCUUUAUGUGCUGAACAUGUGAAUAUUUAUGCACACAUGUAAGUGACAGGCUACAAGGAGCCCCGCUCUUUGGAGCUAUGGCUUGUUGCAGUGAAGGUACCAACAGGACUGCUGCUCUCACCCUGAGUGCUUCCCUAUCCUGUAGGGUUCUGCUGGGGGGAUUUCUGCUGUUGCUGUGAAAUUGGUUGGUAACACCAUGGGCUUUGGCUCAGGCAGGUCCAGAUCUCUUCCUGGAGGAUUCAGCUGAUUCCUCUCCAUCACAGAAAUGGAUUCAUCCCACUGCCGCCGCCUCCGUUUCUCCUCACCUGCAGUAGUAGCAUAUGUGGUUGUGACGAUGCCAAAACUGCUGUUUGCAUUAAUAGAGCUGGAAAUGAUUUUGUUGGUGUUUUAGAAAAUCAGUAUCUUUUUCAUUGGGGUGCCAAUAAGGGGGUCAGUGGGCCAGUUUCAUCCUAGCACAGUUGCUUUUGUGAACUUGGCCCAGAACUUUGUGAGUAGAUUAUUUUUGUGUUCAGAUUCCAUCGAGGAUUUUUGGUUAAUCUUUGGGUGGCUUGUUUAUUUAAAUUAAGCCCUGAUUAACUUAAGAAGCUUUCUUUGCCAUUUAAUACUUUAUCAAAGAUUACACCGCCAAACCACACGCGCCUUUGUAACACAGCUGUAUCUGAGGUAGUAAAAUUUGCUAUGUUGUUUCUGUUUCGCUUACUGCACAGAAAGCACUUUAUCAGAAGGAGGUUUAAGGCACUUUUAUUGUCAGUGUCAUAUGGAAGAAUGGAAAAGCUUGUGUAUAAGGUUGGGUAUAAGAGCUUGUGUAUAAGCUUUGAGUAUAAGGUUAACUGCCUGUUUGUGUGUAGCUUAUGAUGUUGACAUUUGUUGUCUGUGAAUGACACAUGUAACAGAGACUCGGCCUGUAGGCAUAUACAGAUGAUAGCAUGAGUUGGGUAGUAACUGGUAAAAAAAAAAGAAAACAGAUGGCAACUUCUCUGUGUUUGCUAGUUCAUUGUGGAAUGGGUUAAGCAAAUACUUCAUGUGUAUAGUAAAUGUGGUUUAUGUCUCUCAUUUCCCUGAAUACAAGCAUGCAAUUGGCAGUGACACAGUGGGAGCUGACUGCGGUCACUGAGCUCUGGCUGGGUACAGAAGUGACCUCAGGGACUGAGCACGGCUGUGAAAUGCCAUAUUACAGGCUGGGACCCUCAGGCACUAUCCUCUUAAUAUAUAAUGCAAACCUCAGUAUCUACAGGAGAGGUGGGUAACUGCUUUCCCGGAGUGUCCUGCACUGGAGAGUCAGUGUGCUUCCUUUGAGUUUAUGCUUUAUUUAUAUAAUGUUUUCUUGGGAAUCUUCUAAGCAAAAAAAGAGAGAAAGCAAGAGUAUUUCUACCCCAUCAGGCCAAUAUAAUGUGGCUUAUGUCCAUUCAAAACUGUUCACAUUGCAGGUGUCAAACUAUAGAAAAUAGUUUAGUAGCUAACUAAAGAUAAAGAAUUGUUGAAUCUUGAACAACAUCCAGUGAAUGAGUGUCUUGGAGGAGAUGGACAAGAAGUGGUUGAAUUAAUUAUCUAUUACUAAAUAUUUACUCAGCUUUAUCCUUCACCAAGACAGGAAAAAACCUGAAGUACUAUAGAGAUUCAGGGAGAAAAUCACACUGGUUAAAUAAACCCAUAUAGAACCCGUAUAGUAACAUCAUUGGUUGAAGUAAGAAAUGUUAUAUUUUUGCAGGCUUGUUAAGUCAAAAAAUGCAUCGAAUAGACUUGUGUAUCAAAACCUCAAUGAAUAAACACACUUCAGUCCCUGAUAACUAAGAGGGAACACAUUCAGCACCGAGUUAGACUGCUUGUUUUAUUUGGCUGUUUGUACUUCAAUGUCUGUCAUGGCUUAAUCCAUUUUCUUUCCCACGUGGUUACUUCCCACCCCUCAGGUGUCCUGGUCGUCUGCUGUUACUGUUAGAACGGAUGCCUGGGAGGCGACGUUCCGCUGAGCACUGUCACAAAGACUGUUGGAAGACAUUGGGAAGCUCAAACAAAAGCAUGUUUGCAAAGAGGCUGUAAGGUAUGUGUUAGUGGAGCCGUGCUGCUCUCAGCAUCGCUGCUGCACAAGAUUCUACUGACCUGUGGAAGGCUCUUGAAACA